AGUCGAUUCGCCUACCGAUUAGACUGAGUCAUAUUACAGUAUAUAGGUACUGAUAUAACUAAAACUUCAACCAACACUACUAUCCACAAGUCAAAAUUUCCAUUGUUUUCAUAUUUCUUACAUAUACAUUAUGCAUAUGGCUACAAUAUCUCAAUUCUUGAGUCAUAUCUAUACCACCACCAUGAUUUUCUUCUCCACUCUCUUCAUCGAAUUAGCAUUAAUAUUCUUAUACAGCGCGGCCAAAAUCUCCGCCCGAAGAAAGUCAACACCAACCGAACAAAUAUUUCUUGAAAUCAUCGGUCAAAAAUCCCACGAGUACAUUUAUAAAACCGAGCCACCAUUCGAGCUUCAUGAUCAUCAUGAGGAGUGUAGUGUGUGCUUGUCACUCUUUGAACAAGGGGAUGAGGUUAGAAAUUUGAAGUGCAAUCACACAUUCCACAAAGACUGCAUCGACACGUGGCUGCAGCGAGAAUCCGCCACGUGUCCACUGUGCCGUGGGGUCGUCUUGCCGCCGGAGAUGGUGGUCGGCCGCCUGUGUGAUCCGGCGGACGAUGAUGGUGAUGAGGUUAUGGCCUAUUUUGACAUGUUCGCUGGCAACUGGUUGAUUCCACUGAACCGGACCGAACAAAUGCCAGUUCCCAAAUCGACAUUGUAUUAA